CAUUGUUCCUCAUUCCUUUCCUAUCACAAACAUGCCUUCCAAAUUCCAUCAUCUGAAUUCUUUCCUUUUUGUUAUGACCUCAAUAUCCAUAUUUACGGUUUCUUCUCGCCCCAUCACCACAACUCUAGAUGAUCAUGAAGUUUUGGCAACUCCAUCAGUUAAUAAUUUGGUGUUAACAACCUCUGAUGGAGAGAAAUUCGACGUGAAGUUACAAGCGGCGAUGCAAUCAGAGACGAUAAGGCAAAUUAUCGCCGAAAAAGGCUUUUCAAAUGGAAUGGUCAUAGAUUUUUAUAAUAUAACUGGUGAGACCAUGAGAAAGGUUUUGGAGUAUUGUAACAAACAUGUGUAUCACUACUCGAUCAACGAGGAGGGCAAUAAAAACAUCACUGCUUUGCUUGAAAUGAAAGCAUUUGAUACAGAGUUUGUGAAUGUCCAUUACGAGACUCUCUUCAAACUUUUUCUGGCUGCAAAUGAUUUAAAGAUAAAAGAUCUAAAAGAUCUCGUAGGUGGACGAAUAGGUGAGAUGAUGAAAGGGAAAACCCCUGAACAGAUACGUAAGAUGUUUAACAUAAAUGAAAAAUCCUCGUGUGUUGAUUAUGCGGCUGAAGAAAAAUUUGUUCAAAGUAAUGCCUGGGCAUUCGAUUAACACACUUUGAGAUGCUUCUGUACUACAGAAUGUGUUUUUUUUUGCUACAGAUGCAUUAAGAUAUAAGCCAUAUCUGGCCUUCUUCUAUCUUUUGAUAUGAGUGUGUCUCCAUGUAUUCGUAAAUUUCAAACAAUGUUUCAAGAUCAAAUGUCACAAAUCAUGAGAUUUCGAUAUA